UCUAGGAGCCUGUACACACCGCCAUCUUGGCUGCUCCAGCCUGGGACCGGUUGCCGUGAGGGGGAGACCAGCCAGAGCCUGGUGCGAGAUGGGAGGAGGAGGAGGAGGAGGAGCACCUGCCUGAGCCACUGGGGUGCCUUCAUGGAACCUUGCCCCACGCCCAGCUGUGCCAUGGGGAUUGCCAGGGAGACCGUAGACCCAGCGGAUGAAGGUGCCGGCCAGAGCCUUUGCGCAGAGCCUUGCUUGAGGAGUCCUCCUCCUUGGGCAGAGAAGAAGGAUGCCACUACCGGCACGCAAGCCAUGGAAGGAGCAGGUUUGGCUGAGGCAGACCCUGCAGCAGCGGCGCCCCCUACAGGGAGUGGUCUGCAGGAAGAGCGGCCGGAGAAGCAGAGCCCCAGAGGGCAGGGCAGGGGACCCAAUGAAGCAGGGGGCCAGCUGCUGCCUCCAAAGCCUGGGAAGAGGCGAGCAGAGGAGGGGGCCCCUCCGGAAGCCUGUGAUGAGCGGUACGCUCCCCCUGCCCCAGCCUUGUCUUGGCCCGAAGAGGUGCCGGCCACUGCACCAUCUGUACGGAAGCGUUCCCGUGGGCGGAAGCCCCGCAAGAAAGCUGCUGUCCGUAGAGGCCGCGCUGCCAAGGAGCCUCCCAACGUGGGGCCAGGUGAGGGCCCGGGGCCUUCGCAGAACGGCCCCUCCCUUCCCGCCAGAGUGCCGAAGAAGCGAGGGCGCAAGUCCAAGGCGGAGCUGCUCCUGCUGAAGCUGUCACAGGGGCUGGAGUGCCCGGCGCCCGACCCGAAAUCACCGGCCAGCAAGGAGGGUCUCGACGACCUGGAGACCCCGCCGGAGGGGGGGCGGCCCAAGCGCCGGGCAGCCAAAGUAGCCCUUCUGUACCUCCAGGAGCUGGCUGAGGAGCUGACCUCUGUGUACCAGCCCCCCCUUUGCCACGAGACCUCCGAGGGCAGCCCUGGGCCCCAGGAGCCCGGCCGGAAGCGGCGAGGCCGGAAGGGGCAUGAGCCGAAGGUGGAGGAUGAGGACUUUGUUCCCUCGGAAGAAGGGCUUCUGCUUGAGGAAGAGGAGGAGGAGGAGGAGGAGGAGAGCGACCUGCUCCUGAGUGACGCCUCGGAGUCUGAGCUGGAGCCUGGCCUCUGUGGAGCAGCAAGGCCCAAGGCUCAGUGCCGCGGAUUCGCUUCCAACGGCCUGCACAACUCCGUCAUGGCUCCCCUGUGGAAGUCCCUCACCGCCACGCACCGCUUGCGUGAGCAACUCUACUCCCCCUGGGUGUUUCCAGAAUGGGUCCCCUCUGCCCGGAAGUGGGUCGUCCUCUCGGAGAGCGAAGCAGACCAAUACCUGCCUGGCGAGACCAAGUCUCCGCUCUUCUCCAUCCAGCGGGAAGGGCUGCAAGAGGAUGGCAGCACCCUCUACCGGAUUAACAGGUUUAAUGCCUUGCAGCCCCACGAGGGGCGCCUGGAUAUGACUUUCUUUGUUGGGGGGCCCAUCUGGGCCAUGGAGUGGUGCCCAACCCCGGAAGGCUCGAUGGCAUCCCAGCACGUGGCUGUCUACUGCAACCCCGGCAUGGACGACCGGCACAGCCUGGUGGGGAUCCACACGGGACCAGCUCUGCUUCAGCUCUGGGACGUUGGACCUAUUCAGCAAGACUCAGGGUCAACCACCAAGCCAAGACUGGUGUAUGGCAUUGCUACGGACCAUGGCUGCAUCUGGGACAUGAAGUUCUGCCCCAGCGGAGCCUGGGAGCCCCCCACCACCCACCGCAAGCCCCCCCAGAUGAGCCGGCUGGGGCUGCUGGCGGCGGCCUUCUCUGACGGCAAGGUGCUGCUCUACAGCCUUCCCCAUGCAGAGGAGCUGCGUGCCUCCAGGAGAGCCCAGGUAACAGGUGAGCCCUCCCCCCGGCACGCCAUCUGCAAGGUCCAGUGUGUGGCCACGCUGCAGGUGGGCUCCGUCCAGGCGGGGAGCCCCUCCGAAUGUGGGCAGUGCUUCAGCGUGGCCUGGAUGCCAACCAAGCCUCACCAGCACCUGGCAGCCGGCUUCUAUGACGGCACCGUGGCCCUCUGGAACCUGGCCAGCCAGUCCCUGCUGCAGCGAGUGCGCCAGCCGGACGGCUCCCUCAAGCUCUAUCCGUUCCGCUGCUUCCUGGGCCACGACCACGCCGUGCGCAACAUCCAGUGGUGCAAAGCCAACAGCGACUUCAUGGUGACGGCAGGGAACGACCGCAAGGUCAAGUUCUGGGACCUGCGCCGGCUGCACGAGCCCCUCAACAGUAUCAAGCGCUUCCUCAGCACGGAGAUCGCCUGGCUGCUGCCCUACAGCGGGAUCACGGUGGCACAGGACAACUGCUACGCCUCGUAUGGCCUCUGCGGGAUCCACUACCUGGACGCCGGCUACCUGGGGUUCCGGGCCUAUUUUGUUGCCCCUCGCAAGGGCACAGUGUGGAGCAUCUCUGGAUCCGAUUGGCUGAACACGGUGGCGGCUGGUGACGUCACAGGGGAGCUGGUGGCCGCUCUGAUGCCCGAUCUCUCGGUCAACCCGCACAACGUGAAGCGGCCGUCAGAGCGCCGAUUUCCCAUCUACAAGGCAGAUCUGCUUCCCUGCGAGCCCCUCAGGAAAGAGGCAGCGCUGACCGGAGCCAGUGAGAAGGCCGCCGUGGAGGGCAGGACCUAUGGCGCGUCGGUGGCCCAGAAUUACAUUCUCUUCCAGGACACGGACCUGAGGAGCUUCAAGCACUCCUUCAGGCGGAAGUCCCGGAAGCACGUGCCUGGAGCAGAGGCCAAGGAGGGCGACGGCCUGGGCCGACUGCAGCUGGAGGCGGUGCACAAGGUCCGCUUCAGCCCCAACCUGGACUGCCACAGCUGGCUGGUGUCCGGGGGCCAGUCCGGCCUGGUGCGGCUCCACUGCCUCCGUGCCUUGGCGUCACCCCCCAGCCGCAAGCUUCUGCUCGAGUGCCAGGCCGAGUUCAGCGCCAUGUUCGAGGCCCAGGCACCUCCGGGCGGUGGCCCUCCAGCCAGCCCCCCCGGGGAACGGGCCGCCGUCAGCUGAGUUGCGCCUGGGACAGGUCUCUUUGGCGGAAGCGGCGGCAUCCCGGGACGAGGGCUUCGUUCGAGACAUCUGGAGCUGCAGAGCAGAAGCAGCAGGCCGGCCGGCCGGCGGUUCACAAGGACGGCAGGCGUGGACAGAUGGGCCCGCCGCAGACCCCCAGGGGGUGCUGGGAAGCUGUCAGCCCGCCCCCCUGGUGCACGUGUCUUCUAGCUGCGGGGCUCAGGCGCUGUCCUGGCCUUGCCUCCGGGUGAUGGACGGGGGUGGGGCCGUGCCUGGCUGGUCCAGUGGAGUGGUGCUCUGCGCCCAGCUCCCAACAGGAUUCGGGCUGGGCCCAGACCGGCUCUGAGCAAGACCCCAGGAGAGCUGGUGACCCAGCGCCCCCUCCUGCCCCUCUCUUUGGGGGCCACGAUUUCGCUCACAUUGAGCUGUUUUGUUGUCUUAACCGUUAUUAAAGUGUGUCCUGCUU